AUGCCGGCUUUGCAAGGAAUGCCUCCACAGCUAAGUCAAUUGACUAAUCUGCAAACAUUGACUAAUUUUGUUGUGGGAAAGGGUGAAAAUGUGAUCGAUGUUGAGGAUGCAAGGAAAACAGACUUAAUUAGCAAGGAAGGGCUUAAUGCAUUGCACCUGGAAUGGAGUGACAAAAAGGAGAACGACGAAGGUGUGCUUGACAUGUCACAGCCACAUGGAAAUCUAGAGGAGCUCACCAUCAAGGGUUAUGGUGGUAUGAAAUUUUCAACAUGGGUUGGUGAUCCCUUAUUCUCUAACACGGUGCUUGUAAGGUUAGAGAAUUGUAAGAAUUGUGGAUUCUUGCCACCACUUGGGCAAUUGCUUUUUCUCAAGGAACUUUAUGUAAGUGGAAUGCCAGGAGUGGAAAGUGUGGGACAUGAGUUUUAUGGAAAUGGUAGCUUUUCGUUUCCACGGUUGGAGACUCUUGAGUUUGAGGAUAUGCAACGAUGGAAGGACUGGUUUCCUUGCCAAGGAGAUCAAGGAAUUGAAGUGUUUUCUAGCUUGAAAAGGCUCUCCAUCAAUAGGUGUCUCAAAUUGGAGGGUAGCUUACCUGAAAACAUUGGUUCAAUAGAAAAGCUUGAGAUUAUUCAGUGUGACAAAUUGGUGGCUUCAAUUGCAGGCUACAAACAACUUUCUACGUUACGUGUUCAGGAGUGUAAAGGAGUAGUGUGUGGAAUUAGGGUUGACUUGGAACAGCUCAAGGCUAUUACUCUUGCAUAUGUUCCAGAGUUCAGAUUUCAAACUAAGGGAUUCAUGACAGGAUUAAGGAAGGUUGAGAAGUUGACCAUUGCUGAAUACUCCAAACUUCAACAGUUGCAUCAGUUGGCAUCACUUCAAACACUUUACAUGUAUAAAUGUCAGAGUCAUCUUGUCUUGAAAGAGGAGGAAGAGGAGAUAGAGGGGUCUUCGUUAUCUUCUUCCCAUUGUCGGAGGAAAGAGGAGGCAUCUUGUCUUGAAACUAUGGCGAUAGUGGACUGUCCAUCAAUAACUUCCUUUUCAUCCAAAGGACAGUUAUCUUUACCAGCUCUUAAACACCUUGAAGGUCUUUCCUCAAACCUUACUCAUCUUACAAUUUGGAAGCCUUACAAUUGUAAGCCCCUCUCCCAUUGGGGGUUGACAUUGAACAGACUCACCUCUCUUAAGGAGUUGUGGCUCAGUGGUGUAGAUCUUCGUCUGUCCUCUUUUCCUCCAGAGGGAGAAGAGAUGCUGCUCCCAAAAUCUCUCAUAAUACUCAACAUUUCAGACUUCCCAAAUCUGAGGCACCCAUCAAGUCAGGGCUAUCGAUUCCUCACCUCUCUUGAAUCUCUUGAAAUCCGUGAUUGCCCAAAGUUAGAAUAUUUUCCAGAGGAUUUAGCCCUUUCACUUACACAACUCCGCAUAUACGAUCACUGUCCAGUGCUAAGAAAGAGAUAUAAACCAGGUAAUGCAAAAGACUGGGCCAUAAUAGCUCACAUCCCCUACAUAGAUAUUGGGGACUUGCCAUUAGAACAAUGA